AUGGAGAGCAAUCGUAGGACAACGAAAUCAGUAGUCUCUCUUUCUCCUCGCCUCCGAAGAAGCCGAAGUGGUGCUCCCGCGAUCUUCCGCACCUCCACGACUGAAUCCCAUCCUUUAUCUUCCAAUUCCCCCAUAAAUCCUAUCAAUCGCUCCAAAUCAACAUCCAAAACCCAUCCAAACGCCAAAGACGACGAGAAUCGCAAUCCCAAAAUCCAAGAGCCUAUCAAGAGCAGAAAACCUCCAGACAACCGCGAGAAUCUCGCUGGAAUCUUCCACCAUCACCGGAAGUCCGAUGCAGGCGAGACGGCGAAACCGAAGAAGACGAGACGUGUGGCUGGAUCUCCUUCCGCGUGGGCGCUCUCUCCAGGCCGGUCUCCGGCACCGGCGCCAGAGUCAUCUGAGAAGCAGAGGACCGGCGGUGUAAGCGGCGUUCUGAGGUUUUUCCGGCAGAAGAAGACGCCUUCGGCAAGAGGAGAGGCCGUGCAUCAGCUUCGGAUUCUGCAGACGAGAUUGCUGCAGUGGAGGUUCGUGAAUGCGCGGGCGGAGUCUGCGGCCGCUGCUGGAAAAUCAACGGCUGAGAAGAAAAUAUUCAGUGUCUGGUUGGAGAAUUUUCAGCUACGAAACUUCAUGACAGAGAAGCGAAUUCAGAUUGAGAAACUCAAGGAAGAGCUUAAACUACACCGAAUUCUCUGCUCUCAAAUCCCACUACUUAACGAAUGGGAGAAAAUAGAUAAAAGAAAUUUAGAAGCGAUAACGAAAUCCACACGACUUCUGCGCUCGGCCUCGAUCAAAGUCCCCCUUGUGGAAGGUGCCAAGGUUGACAUGUUUUCAGUUUAUACAACAAUCUGUAUGGCGAUGGAUGUCAUCGAAGGAAUUGAAGCGGCCAUCUCAAGGUUUUACUUACAGGCCAAGAAGAUGAGCUCAUUACUCACGGAGCUAGUGACGAUUGUAAAACAAGAGAGAGAGAGCAUGGAUGAAUUGAUGAAGAUAUCAGCUACGGUGGCUUCCUUGGAGGCAAAGGAGAGAAGUCUAAGGGUACAUCUCAUACAAGCAAAGACAAAUAGAGAAGAAGUGUCACACAGGGCAUUCUGUAGGUUUCCCAAUAGAAUGGAACAUGUUAGUUUUCCGUUACAGGCAUCCAUCUCACCGACAAAACCUUCUCAGACAAGCAUUUAUGUUCAAUGAUCCCAUACUUAGAUUUAAAAGCAAAGAUCCUUUGCCCAAUGCACUAUGUGUUACUGUGCUGGUACCAGAAUAUUUAUGUUUGGAUUUUCAAUGUGUAUAAAUGGGGCUCGCCGUUAACUGAUCCGAAACGUCGACAUGAUGUGGCCCAUCACAGAUGGUACAUGUGAAUUAAAAAGAAUCCAAUAUAUUCAAAGUUCCCAGCUGUAAAA